AUGGCAUUCAACGGCACAUGGCAGGUGUAUGUCCAAGAAAAUUAUGAAGAGUUCCUGAAAGCUAUUGCCUUGUCAGAAGACAUCAUCAAAACUGCCAAAGAUAUUAAGCCGACCAUUGAAAUCCAGCAAACUGGGAACAACUUCAUUGUCACAUCCAAAACCCCAAACAAAUCUGUGACCAAUAGAUUUACAUUGGGGAAAGAAACAGAAAUGUCCACCAUGGAUAACAAAAAAGUAAAGUGCACAGUAAACCUGGUAGAUGGGAAACUAAUAUCCAAAACAGACAAGUUCACCCACCAGCAGGAAAUAAAGGCUGUUCAAACUUAUCUUCCACAGACAAUAACUGCGGGCUCAGCAACAUUUGUCAGAAAAAGCAGGAGGAUUUAAAACUGCAAAAAGAAGACUUUGUUUAGCAAUAGAUAUUUUUAUAUUUGGGAAAUAAAAUAUACUUUCCA